UUUAAAUGAAGCUUUUUCAAGUGCACCAUGUGAUCAUCCCUUUUAUUGGUUACAUUUGUCUGCUCCAUCCAUUUCAGCCGUCCUCUGUGUAUUCGUCUGCCCAUUAUGCCGCCAGUAAUAAGAGGCUUGAAAAAAGCUGCACACACAGAACCAGGUGGAAACAAAUCAACCGAACAUGAGGAUUGAUUUGGAGACUUGACACAGCAAACGUCUGGAGGACAGAGGAUCGAUCAGCAUGACGGGUCCACUGCAAGAUUCCCACAGGUUGUCUGUGAAAACAUGGACGGAGGAGGAUAGUGAUCGUGCUGAGAGCACACUCAGCAGGGGACAGUCGAUAUGUGAUGACACUUCUUCAGAGCUGCACCAUAUGGCCACCAUCGAAAGGAAUUCCCAGAGUUCCUUUCGAGGCCGAGGGGCGCUGUCGAGAAUAGUGAGUAUGGUGAUGACUCUGAGGGAAUGGGCCCAGAAGAGUCUGGCCGAGGAGACGGAGCGGCCCGAUUCCUUUUUGGAGCGCUUCAGGGGCCCGGCCAACACGGACCUACAGGCCCCGCCCAGCAGGUUCAGCCACACCCACACUGGUUCCGAGACAGAGAAUGAAGUCCGACGCUCCCGACGCACGAGGAGGAAGUGGAAGGUUGUGGUUUUAUCCCCGUCUGAUGAUGCUUACUACAACUGGCUGAUAGUAAUUGGAGCAGCGGUUUUUUAUAACUUCACCCUAUUAGUUGUGAGGGCCUGUUUUGAUGAGCUUCAGAUGAAAAAUGUUCAGUUGUGGUUAGUCCUGGACUACAUCUGUGAUGGAGUCUACAUCCUGGAUAUUGCUGUUCGUCUCCACACAGGUUUUCUAGAUCAAGGCUUGUUGGUGAAGGACGUGCGUCGUCUGAGAGAAACCUACAUCCGAACGCUACAAUGCACCCUGGACAUCUGCUCCAUCCUCCCGACGGACCUCCUGUACCUCACAGUCGGGAUGAGCUACACGCCUCUUCUCCGGUUCAACCGCCUGCUGCGGCUGUCACGCCUCUUCGAGUUCUUUGAACGGACUGAAACACGCACGAGCUAUCCCAACGCGUUCCGCAUCUGCAAGCUAGUCCUGUACAUCCUGGUCAUCAUCCACUGGAACGCCUGUGUGUACUUCAGUUUCUCCAAAGUCCUGGGUCUGGGUUCCGACUCGUGGGUGUAUCCCAAUGCUUCCGACCCCGAGUUCGGCUCGCUGGCCAGAAGCUACAUAUACUGUCUGUACUGGUCCACUCUGACACUCACCACCAUCGGUGAGACCCCUCCGCCUGUCAGAGACGAGGAGUACCUGUUCUUGAUAUUUGACUUUCUGGUUGGCGUUCUGAUUUUUGCCUCCAUUGUUGGAAACGUUGGAUCCAUGAUCUCCAACAUGAAUGCAACGCGAGCAGGCUUUCAAACCCGCGUGGACGCCCUCAAACAUUACAUGCACUUUAGGCAUGUCAGCAAGGUCCUGGAGCAACGCGUCAUUCGCUGGUUUGACUACCUCUGGACUAAUCAGAAGACAAUCGACGAGCAAGAAGUGCUAAGGAGCUUGCCAAACAAACUGCGAGCAGAGAUCGCCAUUAAUGUCCACCUGGACACACUGAAGAAGGUGCGUAUUUUCCAGGAUUGCGAGGCAGGUCUCCUCGUAGAGUUGGUGUUAAAACUUCGACCCCAGGUGUUCAGUCCUGGUGACUACAUCUGCAGAAAGGGCGAUGUGGGUAAGGAGAUGUACAUCAUCAAAGAGGGCCACCUGGCGGUGGUGGGGGACGACGGAGUCACCCAGUUCGCUGUGCUGACCGCAGGAAGCUGCUUCGGAGAAAUCAGCAUCCUGAACAUCAGCGGCAGCAAGAUGGGGAACAGGCGCACCGCUAACAUAAGGAGCCUGGGCUACUCUGACCUGUUCUGCCUCUCCAAACAAGAGCUGAUGGAGGCCCUGCAGGAGUUCCCCCACGCCAGGGCACAGCUGGAGCAGAGGGGGCGGGACAUCCUACAGAAGGAGGGGCUUCUGGAGGAAGUAAACGUGUCUGCCGGAGAAGAGCUGGAGGAGAAGAUGGAGAGGCUGGAAACCAGUCUGGACCGUCUGCAGACGUGUUUGGCGCGCCUGCAGAGUGAGUUCAACUCAUCCCAGCUCCGGCUGAAAAAGAGACUCACAGCCCUCGAGCACAACAUCACCACGGCAACAACCGGCAGCGGCUUUCUGUCGGACGCCGACGGCAGCGAGAGCGUCUCCGGCUGCGACUUUGUACGAAGUGAAAUCAACAUCCGGCUCUGAGGACUCACUUCACACAUCUGUCAGCAAAUACUGUUAUUUUUUUAUUUUAUUUUCUGUAAUUCGAUACGUAGACUCAAAAUAAAGUAAAUCCCAAUACGGAGCACAAUUUUCGGAUUUUUAUUUGCUGAAAACAAACACAAAGCGUCUGUCACUUUACGCUUGUUUUUUUCAGUAUGACAUAAAAUACUUUGUGUUUGUAAAGUGGAAGGGUUAUCGGGUAUAAACAUUUUUUUUCUUUUUUUUAAACCAAAUUUCUACCUUUUCUGAUUAGACCAUCUUGCAGAUAAAAUUGCAAAUGUAAACUAACAUACAGCAUAAAUAGAUCUUUUUAAUCUAUUGAGUAGAAAUAAAAUCCCAUCAUGCUUUGAGUUGGAACUGUGAAUAAAUGCUUUAGUUAAUAGGAAUCUUUUUUUCGUCUUGUUUUGUCUUUUGUAUUUGUCCUAAUUAUGACAUUAUUGCCUUAAAAAUCCCACAUAAACUUAUAAUUUAAGAUCAUAACUUAAUCUGUUUCAGCAUGUAAAAAAGAAGGCUGUGUGAAAGGGUGUUUAGGACACUGAUAUCCGUGUAAUAUGGUAACUCUGUAACUGGAGUCAAUGUAAGCAAGCAAGUGGCUUCUGAUCAAAGUCCAACAGCACAAGUCUGCAAGGUAUGAGGAAGUGACUUCAGGAGACUGAGAACACUCCAGGUUGAAAAGCUGAAUCAUUCUGCAGAGAAAAGCUUCAGUUUGGAUCUCUUAGUUUGGCCUCAUGUACACACACAUGCAGCAAUGCAGACAAUAACUCUUGUGCUGGGUAUGAUGCUGGUGUCAGCAGUGUCUGCUGCAGGGCAGCCUGGUUUCUUAGAGUCCAUCAUGCUGUCCAUCCAGCAGCGUCCCUGGCUCAUGGGUGUCUACGUCUUCGUGGUUGGACUUCCCCUCGUUCUCUUCGUCAGCUUCGUGUGCCCUGACAAGAGGUUCGGCCCACCCGACCAACCGUAUUACUACAAGAAAACGGAUGAUGUCCGACCAGACGACCCUGAGGUCUCCCCGCGGAGAAAAUCGGCAAAAACCAAAAGAUCGCAGAUCAGUGAACAGAGCUCCGCAGAGGAAACGACGUCAACUCACAAGAGAUUGCUGAGCAAGCAGUAAUACUCUCAGUGUGACUAACCUUACUGUUAUUAUAAAACUACUGCUGGGGCUGGAGCGGUGCAGUCAGAACUCAGUCAUGUAUAACUGGAACUUCUGACUGUAAUGUGGACAAAUUAGAAGCUGCUCUGAACCUCUCAUACUGAUUCCCGAAGGAUGUGAAUAGAUCUGCAACUUACAUUUCUUUUAGUAAUCGAUUAAACUGUCGAUUUUUCUGAUGAUUAGCUGGUUAUUCUGAUGAUUUACAUGUUUUAUUUUAUCUUUAGAGAGAUAAACAACUCAUUUCCUGUCAGAAACAUAUGCGUUGGUUGGGUAAAAAUACAUUUAUAAUUUAUAAUUUGGAGGUUAAUUGCAGUUUUUCAACCACAAAUUUAGAUUCACCGUCUAAAUUCACCUUCAGUAUUCAUUACAAUGUUUCAGUUUAUGGUAAUAUUCUUCAUCAAUCACAAAAGAAGCCAAGAUGCUUUCUGUAUCAGAUACUAAAUUAUAUUUUUCUAUUGUGUCAAAUACUUGCUUCAUGCAAUAAAAUGCUAAUUAUUUUCAAAAUCA